ACACAGGGCACCCAUCCUGCAAGAUAUUUAGUUUUCAAGAUGGCGGACAAGAAAGCUUUGAUUGAACAAUGUCUCGGCGCGACUAAAGGACUUCGCUCUUCUAUUUCUCAUGUUUUUGAAGGGUUAGUCGAGCAGCCUGCGGAUAAUAAAUCCUCAGAAUCUGCCGAGGCUGCUAAAACUUCAGAGUUUGUAGAGCGACUAAAGAAGAACUUGGUUGAUGUUCAAACAUCGUACGGGGCACUUGAGAAAUCUGCAGCUCUUGUAAGCCAAGUUAUUAAAAGUGAUAAUAGCAUAGCCCUUGGAAAUGCAGGACUUCUCACACUGGAUCCAAUUGAAGACAAGAAUCGUUUCUAUGGACAACUCCUUGACGCUUACAACUGGCAUGAAAAGCUCAACACUGAGGCUAAACAGGCUGCAGCAUCUCUUAAGCGCCAACACCCUUAUGCCGUCAGACGUACUGAUGAUGGACCAAUUAAAAGACCCAGACCUCCUCUCACCCCAAAUAUUCUAGAGGCACUGAAAGCAAAGCAUAUCAAUCUUAGAGUAUCUGGUUAUAGAAUUUGUGGCUCAACAGCACUUGAGGUAACUGUCCCUAAAACUUUUAAGGCUAUUAUUAUGCUGAAAGGUGUUGGAAUUGACCAAGUGAAAAUAAGAGGGCUGUAUGAGUGCUCCCUCAUGGAGAAGAAGGAUGAUAUUUGGAGCCCAUCCAAGCAUAUUGUUUUCCAGAAGCUUACAGAUUAUGCAAACGGCGCAGCUUUACACUACUACAACUCCGCUGAGCCAUUCACUCAAAUCCUUUGUCUAAUGAAAUGGCUUGAUAGCUUUCAUGGGAUGUUUUCACGGAAAUGCACCAAGUGCAACCAGCAUCUUAAAGAAGAGAGUGAAAACGCUCUUCUUCCUCCGUGUUGGAGGACUAUGGACGCACUCCUACCCUACCAUUACUCUUGUAAGCCUCAGAGUUAACAUUUGCAGUGGUAUCUUCACUGUAUUGUGCUAGCGCCUCUAUCUCUCUUGAGAGGAAAGCCCUGUGUACUGCCUAAUGUUGGCACUGUGUUUGCAUGGGCUGAAAGACGAAGUGUAUAUGUGGAACAGUAGUGCCUUAGUAAGAAGGAUGUGAAGCGAAGAAAUGGUUCACAGGAUGCAUACUUAUUACUGUCGAAUCCGUUGUAUCGCGACCCGCAUUUUCAAAACACGAUUUGUUUCAGUUUUCUGAUCCAUUAGUAAAACCAUUCUGAGCCCAUCAGAAUCUCGCUUUGUGCACUGUCCUGGCUUCCCUGUGGACGAAAACCAGACAGUGUCAUGACAGAAAGCCAGGCAACUGCACUAGGCGAGAGAUGGCAAGAAUCUGAUUGACUUAGGAUAAUUUGACUGGCGGAACAGAAAAUCCCAAAAGACAAAAACAAAAUCGAUGUUUUGCAAAUGCAGCGUCGCGAUACGACGGAUUCGACAGUAACCAAUCCACACCCAAAACUAAGGCAACAUCCACCAAUGGAACCACUCUCAUCUAUUAGUAAAGUUAUCAACACAUACAAAAAUUCAAGCUGCCUUUCAACUGCCUUUCUUGCAAUGGCAGGUUGCAAUUUUUCAAACACUUUGGCUCUCAUUAAACUUUGUGCAGCAUGUAAUAUCUUGUAAAUAAGCUAAGGGUCAGAUCCGGAAAGAGGAAAAAAAAAUGGGGAUUUUAUUUAAGCGUUUAUUUUCUAUCAUUGAUGGAGUUGUACCUCCCUUGUCUAGACCUGUCACUAAUGUUAGUGGUAUUGUCUUGGUUUCCAGCAGAUCCGCCACACACACACUAACACUACAACACAAAUGUAUUGUAUUAUAGUGUGUGAAUAAAUAAAUCAUAACGAUCAUGUCAUAAAAAUG